GGCCGAAGGGCGGCGGAGCCCAGCGCCGGGAACAUUGUAACCCCGGGAGCCGGCUGGAGCGGGGCUCGCUGCGCCCGGAUCGUGCUGCGCCAUGGGGGCCUGCCUGGGGGUCUGCUCCCUGCUGAGCUGCGUGUCAUGUCUGUGCGGCUCAGCUCCCUGCCUCCUGUGCGGCUGCUGCCCCUCCACCAGGAACUCCACCAUCUCCCGCCUCAUCUUUACCUUCUUCCUGUUCCUGGGCACGCUGGUAUCCAUUAUCAUGAUCAUACCCGGUGUGGAAGAGCAGCUGUACAAGCUUCCUGGCUUUUGUGAAGGAGGCAGCUCAAGUCUAGGCAUCCAAGGUCGUGUCAACUGCAAGUCCUUCCUGGGUCAUAAGUCUGUGUACCGCAUGUGCUUUGCAACGGCUGCUUUCUUCUUCCUCUUCGCCUUGAUCAUGAUCUGUGUGAGGAGCAGUAAGGACCCAAGAGCAGCAAUUCAGAAUGGGUUUUGGUUCUUCAAAUUCCUGAUUUUGAUUGGAAUCACAGUGGGUGCUUUCUAUAUUCCCGAUGGAUCGUUCACGUCAGUGUGGUUCUACUUCGGCGUGGUGGGGUCCUUCCUCUUCAUCCUCAUCCAGCUCAUCCUCCUGAUUGACUUUGCCCACUCCUGGAGUCAGAUCUGGCUUCGUAAUGCGAACGAAGGCAAUGCCAAGGGCUGGUAUGCAGCCCUCUUCAUCUUCACCUUCACCUUCUACGCGGUCUCCCUCGCGGCCGUGGUGCUGCUGUACGUCUACUACACCAAGCCUGAUGGCUGCACGGAGAACAAGGUGCUGAUCAGCCUCAACCUGAUCUUCUGCAUCAUCAUCUCUGUUGUGUCCAUCCUGCCCAAGAUCCAGGAUGCUCAGCCUCACUCAGGCCUGCUGCAGGCCUCCAUCAUCACCCUCUACACCCUGUUCAUCACCUGGUCGGCCCUGGCGAACGUACCAAACAAGUACUGUAACCCCACGCUCCUGGUGAGGAACAGCACCGCUGGCCUCGUGGCUGAUGGGCAGGUGACUCAGUGGUGGGAUGCCCCGAGCAUUGUGGGAUUGGUCAUCUUCCUCCUGUGCACACUCUUCAUCAGCAUCCGCUCCUCAGACCACAGCCAAGUGAACAAGAUGAUGCUGACUGAGGAGAGCCCAGCCAUGCUGAGUGGCGGGGAUCCAAGCGUGGAAGAUGGGGCACAUCGGGCCUAUGACAACGAGCAGGAUGGCGUGGCCUAUAACUACACCUUCUUCCACAUCUGCCUCUUCCUGGCCUCCCUCUACAUCAUGAUGACGCUCACAAACUGGUACAGGCCCGAUGAAGGUUCCCAGAUGAUGACGAGUCCAUGGACUGCAGUCUGGGUGAAGAUCUCUUCCAGCUGGGCUGGUCUCCUCCUCUAUCUCUGGACCUUAGUGGCCCCCAUUCUACUCCCUGGCCGGGAGUUCAGCUGAAAAGGACCUGCAGACAACCAUAGUCCAAACCGGCUGGACAGCUCGGACUCUGCAAACAAGGAGCCCUGUUGCCAAAGCCCUGUCCCCGUCCCUGUAUCUAGAGCUGGGUUUGGGUCUCAUGGUGGGGAAAGUCCUAGCUAUGGAUGAAUGCUGGGCUCCUGUUUCUGCACCGAGAUCAGUUCCUCGGAAUUGUGCCUUUCUUUGUUUGUUGUUUUAAAAGGGAAAAAAGUGCCAAGCAGGGAAAGUCUGUAGCUUGUGCGUGAAGUCAGAAGCGUCGAAGGAAAUGUUGCUGGGUUUCUGGGUUGUUUGGGGGGUGGUUUUACUAUUGUAGACCUUCGCGUUUGUCUGGUGUUUCUGCGUGGCCUCUGUGCUGCUCUUUUGCAAGGAGGCAGUUCAAUCACCUUUGAGAAUUUUUGUUUUUAAGCAGAUGCUUGUAUGAUGCAUUCUUUGACUUGUGUUACCUGGGGAGCAUUUUGUAUAAUUCUUGCACAGCCCAUUUUAGCAUGUACCUGUUUAUGGACCUGCAAAGAUUUAAAUAAAUGGCCAGAAUUCAGUAUCAAUCAGCAUUGGUUGAGUAUCAGCCACCCCUGUGUAAUCAGCGAUUGGUGCAAGGGAAUAUUCUAACUUCAUAAACCAGCUUUCAAUAGAUCAAACCGUCUCAUGGUUACAAGGCUCCAGGCACGUGGCUGAGGAAGAGUUACAGCCAAUUGCAGCCUCAGAAAUGUAAUGGAAACCUUUCACAAAUUACGCUUGACUUACACCAUCCAAUCACAUCAUCCUUUGUCCACACAGGCCCCUCCCAUGAGCAGUCAAUGCACUCUGUAGCCCCUCCCUCCAAAUCGUUAUUCCCUGAAGCCCCAACUCCAAACUGACAGCAGUGGGCGCUGUCCAGAGGCCGCCGCGGGGGAUUCUAUGACCCUCACAAGCGAUUGCCUUGAAGAACAAGAAUGAUACUUAAGAUAUAGGUGUCAUUCUGAAACCUCCUUGCCACAGUGUGCUCUCUGCUGUUCACAUUACCCCUUAUGUAGUUGCCCUGCACGGGUUAUACAAGGACAAGGGGUGCGGGGGGGAAUGGCAUGCUGAAAUUCAGCCAAAUCUUUCCUCGUUAGUGUUUUGGGAUGAGACGCUUCAACAGAACUAGGAGCAGAAAUGAAAAUGGUUGGGCUGUGACUGAAAGAGCCUUACCUGCCUCUUCAGCCCCAUGGCACCCUAAGGCCCUGAUCCUGUAACUGGAUCCGUGUAGGAGCAGCCUACACCCUAUGUGGUGCUCCAGUGGGAAUCCAUGGAGGUGCAAGGAUCUGCCCUCUCUGGCUGUUUGCAGGAUUGGGGCCUAAAUCCUGGUUCCCGUGUCCUAUGAGGACAGGUUUUCCUUUUGGCUGUGAAACAUCUUCGCUUGUUUGUUUUGGUUUUUAAAAAGGAAGACUGUGCUACCAAUAAAAGGCCUUUUUUUUUUGCAAAUCCCCUUGUCCAGCAAUGUGUGAUGUGUACAGUACUGUCAGUACCCGGGGAGCUCUGGAGUAGGCAGAAUGCCCAAACACAGCCCCCACAGAAAAACUGACACUAAGGUCUUGAUGGGCCCAGGUAGCAGUUGGCUGUUAUGCAGGCAAUGGAGGUGAGGGCAGUGUGGCUGGGAUGCUUUGUGCAGCAGGUGAGUUCUCGGGAGGCAGGAGAGGCACUGUGGGCCUUUUGGAUAGCUCACUAGUCGAACUGGGUGGGAGAGAGUUUAGAAAUGUCUCCUCUUUGGCAUUGAGACCUUUCACUAUUGUUUGAUAGGAAGGCUGGGGGCAGAGAGAGGGAGAAAGCCCCCACCCCGGUACAGCCAGUCACCUGCUGGUUAGGGCACUCACGGGAUGUGGGAGACCUGGGUUCAGGUGUUACACCCCCCAAAAGACACAGCUGUGCCAAAGUAAGUUGUCAGUGUAGACCAGCCCUAGUCACUGGGAUUUGAGAGACCUGGCUUCUAUUGGCAGAUUCGCCCCCAACCUGCUGUGUGGCCUUGAGGCGAUCUACCUCCUUUCUCCGUCGGAAGAAAGGAGAAAGAGGAGUGCUCUCCUUUGUCAAGUGCUUUGAGAGCUAAUGACAAAUGCUGCUUCAAUGUGGCAUGUUAGUUGGGAUACUGUGAGGGACACAAGGCUUAGUGUGACCUAGAGGAUAGAGCAUUGGGUUAGGACUCACAAGACCUAGGUUCAGUUCCUAGUUCUGCCACUGGCCUGCUGGGUGACCUUGGGGAAGUCACUUCCCUGUGCCUCAGUUUUCCCAUUUGUAAAUAAAGCUAAAGAUUCUGAUAUGUUUUGUAAAGUGCUCUGAGACCACUUGGAGAAAAGUGCCAUGUAAGAGCGAAGUAUUAACGUUAAGUGUGGAGGGCAGCAGAAGGCUGAGACUGGGAAAAGCAGACACAGGAGUUAAGAAAGGAGUAGGGCAGCUGGGGAACAGGAGGAGAGAAAGAUAUUGACAUAGACAGGUGCUGAUUCAUGGGGAUUUUACACGGUGACCUUCAUGCAGAAGUGUCUCAUGCUUCAUGCCAGCAAAUGCUGUCUAGAGCAGGGGGCAGUGUUCCCUUUCCUGUCUGCAAGCGGGCCUGUUCUGCUCCCGCAAAGGAGUGUCUGCAGGUAUGGGGAGAACCGACCAUGAGGCAACAUCUGGUUUAGUCCUAGUUUUGCAGUUCAGGAAGCCGAGGAACUCCCAGCUCUCCCCCGUCCCUCCCAUGCUCUGGGGUUUCUCUCACCAUUCUUGGUGUCGCAGGAACCUGCAACCCCCUUGGCUAUAGCUUUGGAGGCGGGGGGGGGGUAUACAAAAGAUGAUAAAACCUUGAGCAUCUGGUA